AUGAUAGCACUGCACCAGAGGGUCAGACUCGGCCUCACUGUCAACGUCGCUCUCAUUAUAGCGUUUUGUGUGAUUCCGGCCACUCUUAUAUUCAGGAAUGGAUACCCGCCCUCUCAUAUCCUUACAAUGAGAAGCGAUUUCUUGCUAUCGAAAGGGGAUGGCUUCAAGAGUUUUAAUCACUUUUUCUGGAGUCCGUGGUCUCAUGGAGUGGUCUUCUUUAUAGGCCUGGCCUUCGGUUAUGUUACGAAGAAAUGUGUGAUUUGGGGCUCACUUCUGGUCAGUUAUAUGUAUAUAUUCUACGACAGCAUGUUGUGGGCGUACGGACACACCUACGGCCAGUCGUUCACACCUUUCACCGCUGCCCUACUGUACCCGUUGAAGAAGGUGUUGUGGGCCCUCAAUCUGACGGCCAUCAUAUGGAUGUGUAUCACAGGGAACGCCACUUUCAUCAACAAAUUCUUGUCAUUUAGAGCAUUCAUACCACUGUCACGACUCACUUACUCUGUGUAUUUGACUCACGCGUGGAUCGUAUGGAUCUAUUGGGGCUCUAAGAGAGAUCUCAUUGAUAUGAAAAACUUCACAAUACUUUCGCUCACUUCAAGCGUUAUUCUCAUAUCGUUUUGUAUGAGUAUUGUCUUCUCAAUGCUUUUUGAAGCGCCCUUUUUUGCACUUCAGUCCUAUUUGAAGGAGUAUUCAAGCGAUCAAAUCAAAAAUACUUUAUUGAAUAAAACUAAUAAUAAUUCCGCAAAGUUUGAGGCUUUCUAUAGGAAACCACUCAAUGCUUCCAAUAAUAAUGAUUCUCACGAAAUGACUGCCAAUGUCUGA